AUGUUACAACCCAAAAGACCAACUUUGACAAUUAAUCUAAGGUGAAUAUGUUUCCAUAUUGCAUAUUUUAAAGUUAGUAACAAUGUUGCAUUAAGCAGUAAAAGAGUGGUAAAGGGAAAAAUACGAAAAUACUUUUGUGCAAGAGUUAUGGAGGUAAUAUUCCAUGAAUUCUACAAGUUGUACCAUUUAAACUUUAGUACAAAAAGGAAAUUGGAAGCAAGGUCAACCUGUGUAAUAAACUCUCCCCUGUGACACUAGUCAAAAGCUACCCUUGUUGCUAGGCCACUGCUCAUGCCAGUAAUGGCAAAACUGUGUAGGUGUAAACAUGGGGUAUUCACAAACCCAUUGUUAUCCUCAAUGUUACUUUUUGUCAAAAAUAUUUCCCUCAUUUAGUAAUGCACAAUGUUCACGAAUGUUUCAGCAGACUUCUACCAGACUACAUUGUGCUACAACCCAGAAGACAGUCAUCUUUGUUCUCUGCCAUUAGAACCUUAAUUCCUAAUCACUGGCUGUAAAUGUUGAAGAAAUCCUCAAUUCCUAUGCCACAAAAUGAUAUUAUAGUGGUAUCUACCCUGGUUUGUACAGCAUGCAGUCGAAGUAUUUACCGCGUAAUAUAUUGCUUAAAAUAAUGUAAAAAUUGUUAAAAUUUCAAUGUCUUGCCCAAAAUCAUUAAUGUAAACGAACAUUUUAAUCAAAUGAAUGUGUUGAAUAACACCUUUUGAAGGUUAGGGAGGGGAAUCUAUUUUGGUGAGGUUACAAGUCGUCUUUAGUAUACUUAAAUAUUAACAGUUCAGGAAUAAAAUAGGAAUAUGUUCGUCAAAAUUAAACAUGUCUGAAACGAUUGAGACGUUCCAGAAAGAAAUAGGUACAUGCAUAUGCAUUCUUUAAGGAAGCCAUUAAUUUUUAUACCGUGGGAAACUUAAUUGAAGUAAAACAAUUUCCAAUUUUGCUUCGGUGUGCUUUGUAAAUCCGUUUGCAUAUAAGGAAAGAGCUUUAUACAAUACAAGGAUUUUUCCCAAAAUUUUAAUUUUACGUUUUCUGUAUUGGUUAUCCUGAUAUCAAUUUUUCCUGGCAUUUGGAUUGCGGUAGUUUAGCGAGGUAUGUUGGUAAUAGGUGUUGGUCACUACAUUGUCUGUGGUAAAUUUGUCCACAUGUGUACUUUAAUUUAUUAUUUUCUGUUAGUUUUGUGUAUUUAUUUGUUUAUCCAAAGGCUCAGAUAUGUCUUUUGAGAUGCGGAAAAUAAUAAUUACUUUUUGCAAGAUGUAUGACGGAAAGGGUUGUGAUACAUUUGCGUUACACGAAGCAUUUGAAAAGUGACUGGAAAGUGAUGUAUAAAGUUGACUUAUAAUUGCACUUUCAUUUGAAUAUGGAAUGUGAACGUACACAUAUUGUAGAAGAAUCAACUGCUCAAAGUCAAGGCGGUAUUAUAAUGAAAGUUAAUUUGACUGAACGUGAAAAGUUUUCGAAUUUUUGUUCACUACAGUUUGACUUCCAAGAUCAGCCUACUCAGAAAGAAUAUGACAGGAAUGAGGCAGUGCCCUGCCAUUGCUUAAUCUGUGGUGUCUUGUGUGACAUUGCUGAAUCUUCGCACAAUGUAUUUAGUCAGCUUAUGACUUCUAACUCAUCAAGAAUCUCUGUAUUUGAGAAGGUGGGUCAGAUACUGAGCAGAAAUCUUCAUAGCAUCAAUCUUCAUAGUGAGGUGGUUUGUGGUCGUUGUUUUAGUCUCCUAAUAGAGUAUGAAGAGACUAAACGCAAACUGCAAACAAUACGUCUGGAUCUGGUAAUGAAAUUUGACAAUACAGCAAGUAAACAUCAGGAGGGUAUAACAAAUAUGUCAGAGAAGCAGGCAGAGUUAGAUGAUGGUAGUCAUAAAGACAAUGAAAACCAAACACCUGAAAAUAGUAACAUUCCCAGGCUAGUAAUUACAGAGGAAGGUAAAGUUGUUGACAUAAAUGGUGAAGAAAAAGCAGCACCUGUGAAAAGAAGAAGAAUUACAACUAAUGGAAAAUCAAAUGUUACUAAUGGUGUAAAAUCAAAACCAUAUGUGUGUUCAAUAUGUGGUAAAGGUUUCCGUGCGUUCAGCCACAGAGUUGAACAUAUGUUAAUUCACCUUGGUGAGAAGCCAUGGAAUUGUGCAGAAUGUAAGAAAACAUUUCGUACAAAAAGUGCAUUGAGAGUUCAUAGCGCAAAGCAUUCAGGAGAGCGGCCUUACACGUGUCAGCAGUGUGGAAAGUCAUUUCUUGACCGAUAUUAUUUUGAGGAACACUGUCGCAUUCAUUCAGGAGAAAGACCAUUUGUUUGUACUUACUGUCAGCGACCAUUUGCACGAAAAAAGGACCUUGCAAUUCAUACUAAGAAUCAUACAGGUGACAAGCCCCACAAAUGUACAUCUUGUUCUAAAACAUUUGCUGUCAAAUCACGUCUUGAUAGACACAGUCGCAUACACACGGGGGAAAAGCCCCAUAAUUGUGAAUAUUGUGAUAAAUCAUUUGCUCGGCGUGAUGACUACAAAGUACAUGUGCGUCUACACACAGGAGAACGCCCAUUCCGAUGUGCUGUAUGUAGCAGAACUUUCACCAAUCAAUCAAACUGUUUGGUGCAUGUACGAAUACAUGAAGGUUCCAAACAGCGAUAUCCAUGUCCAGUGUGUGAAGAGAGCUUUGACCGACGUAGCAAGGUAGAUAGGCAUGUAACCAUGCACCAUAAUAAUAUACGGAGCAAAGAAGAGCCAGAUUCCAAAGCACAAGGUUCAACAGAGCCAACUACAGUUCAGGCUUUGGACACUGAAAUCCAAAAUCUGCCUCCUGUUUCUCUCCAGUCCCUUGCUCAGAUUCAAAUUGAGUCAUUAGCCACACCAUCUUUAUCUCAUACUGACAGCAUUAGUCAAGCUGUGUCACAGCCCUUGCUUCAUUCAGAAACCCUGCAGAGUUUGACAGUUACAGAUCUUCAUACUCUACAGACAAUGCCAAUAACACAGGUAGCACAGUUAGAAUGGAGUGAUGGAACAGCAGCUGGUACAACCACAACUUAUGUUAACAUUACACCAGCAACUUAUGUUAACAUUAUAAAUUAAUUGUACUGAUUAUUAUGGUAGGGAAUGGAAAGUAAUGUAUACAGUUCAGUUGAGAUGAAGGUAUUUACAUAUUAAGGGGUGACUGAAACAUGGUGUUGAGAUGAUCUUUGUAACAGUGUUGUGCAUCAGUAAGAACAUUCUAACAUAUGUAGAUAAUAGGAUGAUAUAACUUUAACUAGCAUAACCAAAAUUAGUUUGAACUAAGGUAAAAUGUGCUUUGUGAUGCACAGCAUCACUAUGCCGAUCCUUUUGACAUGUUUUGGUCACACAUUAAUGCAUAAGUACCAUUUACUGUAGAUACUGACAGUUAAAAUUUACGUAGGCAAAUCAGGAAAUGUGGCAGUGCUGCAAUUGAUGUAAUUAACAUACCUAAUUUUUUAGAACUAUUUUCUGCAGAUCUUACUGUAGUUGUACUGGUGAUUCUUGUUACAUAUACCAAGAAUACUGACUUAAAGACUAGAAAAGAAGAUAGAGGAAGUGAUGGGAGACGACCAAUUUGGAUUCAGGAGAGGAAGAGUAACCAGAGAUGCCAUCGGAGUUAUGAGAACAAUUUCAGAGAGAGUUCUCGAUGUCAAGGAAGAAGUAUGUGCCUGCUUCAUCGACUGGAAGAAGGCUUUCGAUCGAGUAAAAUGGAAGAAAUUAAUGAGGAUCCUACAGAGAAUUGGAAUUGAUUGGAGAGAUAGAAGACUAAUC